AUGAAGCUCAAGAAGUUCAACACGGGACCUGCAGAGUUCAACACAGGACCUACAGAGUACAACACGGGACCUGCAGAGUACAACACGGGACCUACAGAGUACAACACUGGACCUGCAGAGUACAACACGGGACCUACAGAGUACAACACGGGACCUGCAGAGUACAACACGGGACCUGCAGAGUACAACACGGGACCUGCAGAGUACAACACGGGACCUGCAGAGUACAACACGGGACCUGCAGAGUACAACACGGGACCUGCAGAGUACAACACGGGACCUGCAGAGUACAACACGGGACCUGCAGAGUACAACACCACGGGACCUGCAGAGUACAACACCACGGGACCUGCAGAGUACAACACGGGACCUGCAGAGUACAACACCACGGGACCUGCAGAGUACAACACGGGACCUGCAGAGUACAACACGGGACCUGCAGAGUACAACACGGGACCUGCAGAGUACAACACCACGGGACCUGCAGAGUACACUGCAUUAAAAUGA